GUGUCCACACCAACAGGCGGUGCUAAACUACCGAGACACACCGCGAACAGAUGCUCUCAGUAUUACGAAAUUAUAACUGAUUUGCUUUUUCUGAAUGAAUUAUAGGCUAAUCUGUCCUAGCAGCGUGAGCGAGGCUCUUCUGGUCUAGCCGGCGUCAGGCAUGUUGUUCAGGAUGGUAAAACUCAGACUACUCAACACGAUUGCACCUGCAUACUUCUACACUGCAACAGUGGUCACAUUCGCCCUCCACUUCCUCCUCUUCAUGCCCACUGUUUUCCGAAGUCCAGAUGUGGCGCUGAAUCCCACCAUGCUGGUCCACAUCGCUGUCUUUCUCUUCUUCAUGGGGAACGCAUUGGGUAAUUACACAAUGACUAUAUGGUACCCAUCUGAGAGUGCCAACGAGGCAGUAAUUCCAGUCUGUUCACCCGACUGCCCGGACCGAAUUGACGCCCACUACCUCCUGAAUGGACGCCACUUCUGUAAAGUGUGUAAGAAAGUGAUUCUAAAACGGGACCACCACUGCUUUUUCACAGGAAACUGCAUCGGGAAUAGGAACAUGCGCUACUUUAUUAUGUUCAGCAUCUAUACGUCCUGCUGUUGUCUGUAUUCGUUGGUAAUCGGGGUGGCGUAUCUUACAACGGAAUACUCCAUUUCCUUUGAGAACCCACUGACGUUCCUCACUCUUCUGCCGCUCUCAACAGGUUACUUCUUCCUCGGUUUGAUUUCAGGUCUCCAUUUCUUUCUGGUUAUAAUGCUGUAUGUCUGGCUGGGUAUCGGACUGGUGAGCGCCGGUUUCUGCUGUCAGCAGCUUCUACUAGUAGCCCGAGGGCAGACCUGGUGCGAGCUGCAGAAAGGGCAGCUGUCAGAGAGUCGUGGGACCUGGCGUGCCAACCUGACUGAUGUUUUCGGUUCCCGUUGGGCUCUGGGCUUUUUCCUGCCAGUUCAGACUGUGGAGACCAAACCUGGGAACUGGCAGGUCUACCAUGAUCACAAACAUGACUGAAAAGCCAAGAACUUGCCAUAUCAGUGUGUUCAUCAUGAUUUGACCCGAGUCGACCAGUUAUUAAAUGUGAUAAGGGCUUCAGUGCAUGCAACUGAUCUAGCUUUUCAGUGGAUUUCUGUCAACGCUGCGCAAAUUAGGAGAGCGUUAUGUCACAAAGAGGUUGUAACACCCAUAUCUAUGUCUAUCAGCACUGUGUUGAAACUCAAUUUCAGCCCUAGUUCAGGGCAGCAGUGAUUAGCAGUGGUAACAUCAGAGAAGGAGGCCAGGAUUAAAGGUUGGAUGGGUAUUGUCAAAACAACGCACACUAAGUAAUCAGCACACUAUUACACAACACAAGUGUCCUGCUAAAAUGUGGGUGACAUUUAGUUAGAUAUUGAAGUGAAAUGGCCACACACCACAGGAAGUUCAAUUGUAACUUAAAUAGAAUUUUUCUUGCAAUUAAAAAAAAAAAACACAAUGCAUAUUUAUUUAGGCAAUGCAUAAAUACUAAAACUGAAAAUGAAGAAGAAAAAAAAACUAUAAAUCCUUUGGAGUUAAAGGGAUACUCC